AUGGUGGAUGAGGUGACCACCAUGAAGGAUGAGGUCAUCACAGCCAACACGCUGGCUUGGCUGGUCUGCUCAGGCGUGUCCAUCCUGGCCAACACCUGGGGCAUUCUGAGUGUCAGCGCCAAGCAGAAGAAGUGGAAGCCACUGGAGUUCCUCAUCUGCACAUUGGCCGGGACGCACAUCCUCAACAUGGCCAUCCCCAUCACCAUGUACUGCGUCAUCACACUCCGCCGCCAGCACUCCAACUAUGAGUGGAAUGAGGGUCUGUGCAAGGUGUUCGUCUCCACUUUCUACACGCUCACGCUGGUCACGUGCUUCUCUGUCACAUCACUCUCCUACCACCGCAUGUGGAUGGUGCGCUGGCCUGUAAACUACAGGCUGAGUAACACAAAGAAGCAGGCAGUGCACACAGUGAUGGGCAUCUGGAUGGUGUCCUUCAUCCUGUCCACGCUGCCAGCCGUGGGGUGGCAUGACACAAUCGACCGCUUCUACACCUCCGACUGCCGCUUCAUCGUGACCGAGAUUGGCCUGGGCUUUGGAGUAUGCUUCCUGCUACUGAUAGGUGGUAGCGUGGCCAUGGGCGUAAUCUGCAUCGGCAUUGCCCUCUUCCAAACUUUCUCCAUCCAGGCGGGUCACAAGGCAGACAAGAACAAGUUCAAUGUGCCCACCAUAGUGGUGGAGGAUGCCCAGGGGAAGCGGAGGUCAUCCAUCGACGGGUCAGAGCCCCUUAAGACAUCGCUGCAGAUUACCUACCUGAUCAGUGGCAUUGUCUUCAUCUACGACUUCCUGACCGGCUUCCCCAUUCUGGUGGUGAGCUUUGCAAGCCUCAAGUAUGACCGCUCCUACAACUGGAUGGUGUUGUGCGUGUUGUGGUGCUCCAUCGCCCAGUCUAUCCUGCUGCCCAUGUUCCUUUGGGCGUGCGACCGCUACCGGGCAGACGUCCGCAUGGUGUGGGAGAAGUGUGUAGCCAUCAUGUCAAAUGACGACGUGGACGAAGAAAACAGCCAAGAUGGAGGAAUUCAUGCCGACUUAAUAUAUGACAGACCAUAUGACUAUAGCUCCGUGCCUGAAAUCAUGACGGUAGACCGUAUUGCCAAGUACGAAUUCUCAACCUUAGAAAGGGGGGUUCCGCAAGGGUAUCCAUUGAGGGAACUACAGGAAGAUAAAAUGCAGUAUUUGCAGGUGCCCCCUACAAGAAGAUACUCCCACGACGAAACCGACAUGUGGACCAGCGACCAGAUCCCCUCCUACCUUCACCGCUGGGGCUCCACCGAGGACAUGAUUGCGACGGCCCACUACAGUUCCAGCUUGCCACACCACGAGAGGCGCAGGAGCAGCCUGGUCUCCUACCACGAGGAGAGCCACCGCCAUCACCACCCGCACCGCAAGCGCCGGCGCUCUGAGGAUAGUGUGCACUCCCUCAGGCAUCUGCCGCGUGUGGUCUGUGGUGGGGAGCGCUAUGAGGACGAUCUGCGUUGCUUCAGCCGCGAUGAGGUCAUCAACUUUAUAGAUGAGACACCACUGCCUAGCCCCAGGAAAAGCCCACACCGUUCCUCCGCAGUCUCGCUCCUCCCUGGUGUUUAUGACCGGCACGCGGUGCUCCUCCCGCAUUUCCCGCUCACGGACUUCGAACGCGAGCCACAAGCCUUGAGGCGGCUCACUGAACAUAAGAGGAGCGGGAGCCGGGGCAGCUCGCCUGACACCUCGCCCAAACUGCACAGGUCCCCCCGCAAGGAGAGCCCCGGGGCCUGCGGCAGUGGUAAAGGCUGUCGUGAGCACCUGCGGGAGGGGAAACAGCAGGGCAGACUGGCCUCGCCCAGACACAGCCAGCAGGCGGGGGGUAACUCUGUUCAGCGGCCCACUAGGACAGGCCUGGGGACUGGGGCAGGUGCAGACAGUGGGUCCCAGAAGCACCUGAACAAGGCUGAGAGUAAAGGAAGCACAAACAGUUUUGUAAGCACACCCUCGGUCUCGUCCUCGGGAUACAUCACCUUUCACUCUGACUCUGUUGGCUCAACCACCUGAAAAAUUACGUUAUCAUCUGUUUAUGUACACGCUAUUACUUAUCAUGAGGAAACGUCAUUAG